GCCGACAGUAGUUGUAAGUAGCUCAGAAAUGUCUGCACUUGAUGCCAUGGCUUCACUGUGUGGCUCUGUGUGAUCUGUUUUCAUACGGCUCCAUCUCUCUCUCUCUCCUUUCGCUCUCUCUCUCUCUCUCCUUCUCUGGGUCAGGUGUGAGAUAACGACACGAGAGUAUUGCUCUUUCAUGCGCGGAUACUUCCAUGAAGAGGCCACACUGUGCUCACAGGUGGACUGCUUGGAUGAUGUGUGUGGCCUGCUGCCCUUCUUGAAUCCAGCUGUCCCAGACCAGUUCUACAGGCUGUGGCUCUCCCUCUUCCUUCAUGCUGGGCUGCUGCACUGCCUGGUGUCGGUGGUGUUCCAGAUGACCAUCCUGCGGGACCUGGAGAAGCUGGCGGGCUGGGUGCGCAUCUCCAUCAUCUACAUCCUCAGCGGCAUCACCGGCAACCUGGCCAGCGCCCUCUUCCUGCCCUACAGAGCUGAGGUAUGACCAGCGCCC